AAACUACCAAACUGUCAAAAUUUGACAUUUUCGCCCCCUUUGUAUUUUUAAAGCAUAUUUUCUAACAAUGUUCAACGAAAGUAACUACAAUUGGGAGGCCCACAACAGACAGGUUGUUGUAGAAGGACGAAACGUAUUAGAAAGAACUGGAGAAAGUUUGGCAAGAUCAAACGUGAUAGCCAUCGAAACAGAAAAUAUUGGAAAUGAAGUUAUCACAGAACUUGGCGAGCAAAGGGAAGCAUUAUUACGUACCAGGGGAAGACUAGAGAAUGCUAAUGAACAAUUGGAUAGUGCUAAAUCAGUUCUUAAGAGGAUGGGUCGGAAUGUGGUUUAUAAUAAGCUUAUUUUGAUCUUUAUUAUUAUUACUGAAAUUUUAAUAUUAAUUUCUGUAACUUAUCUCAAGUUUUUUAAGAAGUAGAAUUAUUUAUGUUAUUAUUAACCAAGCAUGCAUGUCAUAACCCACAUUUUUUGUAAUAUUUUUGUAUAG